AUGACGCUUGGCUUCAAUCCGAGGAACAUUGUGACGAAAGGUUAUGUACACCCUAACACAAUGUGUUCUCUGCAACUGUGUAUUGCAUGUGCCUUCAAUUAUCGGCACUCCUAUGGUAUUAUCAAAUUGGCUACAAUAAAGUUUGAAACUACUGGUAGUAGCAUCUGUGUCAUAAUUACUGAUCAGAAGAAGAACCGUACAUUGCCAGCACCAAAGAAAUCUCGAACACAUUUAGUGCCGUUUGUUACUGUCUUAUCGCACCAAAUGUACAAAAGAGAAUUUGCCCUCGCCACCCAAAAGCACGUACGGAUUUGCUCAACUACUUCUACAAAUGAGACGAGAACACUGUUCGCAUAA